AUCAACCAUUAGGUGAUUUUUUUCUCUGAUCUUCGAGUUCUGAUAAUUGCUCUUUUUUCUCUGGCUUUGUUAUCGAUAAUUUCUCUGGAUUUUCUUUCUGGGGUGAAUUUUUGCGCAGAGAUGGGUUCGGCGAACAACGAGUACGAGUUUCUGAGUGAGAUUGGGCUGACUUCUCACAACUUGGGAUCUUACGUUGCUGGCAAAUGGCAAGCCAACGGACCUCUUGUUUCAACUCUCAAUCCUGCUAACAAUCAGCCAAUUGCUCAAGUUGUGGAAGCUUCUCUAGAGGAUUACGAGCAAGGUUUGAAAGCUUGCGAGGAAGCAGCUAAAAUAUGGAUGCAGGUUACGGCUCCUAAGAGAGGUGAUAUCGUCAGACAGAUUGGGGAUGCACUAAGAUCCAAACUUGACUAUCUUGGUCGUCUUCUUUCUCUUGAAAUGGGAAAGAUCCUUGCUGAAGGUAUUGGAGAAGUUCAGGAAGUAAUUGACAUGUGUGAUUUUGCUGUUGGUUUGAGCCGACAACUCAAUGGAUCGGUUAUACCUUCAGAACGCCCUAACCACAUGAUGUUGGAGAUGUGGAAUCCUCUUGGCAUUGUUGGUGUUAUCACAGCGUUUAAUUUUCCCUGUGCAGUUCUUGGUUGGAAUGCUUGUAUUGCUCUUGUCUGUGGAAACUGUGUAGUCUGGAAAGGUGCUCCAACUACACCGUUAAUAACUAUCGCAAUGACCAAGCUAGUAGCUGAAGUUUUAGAGAAAAACAACUUACCCGGUGCCAUUUUUACGGCCAUGUGUGGUGGUGCUGAAAUUGGUGAAGCAAUAGCCAAAGACACACGCAUUCCCUUAGUAUCCUUUACUGGAAGCUCCAGGGUGGGCUCAAUGGUACAACAAACAGUGAAUGCGAGAUCUGGGAAAACUUUGCUUGAGUUGAGUGGAAACAAUGCAAUCAUAGUCAUGGACGAUGCUGAUAUACAGUUAGCGGCUCGAUCUGUUCUAUUCGCUGCGGUUGGAACUGCUGGUCAACGUUGCACAACUUGCCGUAGGCUGCUUUUGCAUGAGAGUGUCUAUGACAAAGUACUCGAGCAACUGCUUACCUCAUACAAACAAGUCAAAAUCGGCAAUCCUCUUGAGAAAGGGACAUUGUUAGGACCAUUACAUACUCCUGAAUCAAAAAAGAACUUUGAGAAAGGAAUUGAAGUCAUCAAAUCCCAGGGUGGUAAAAUACUAACGGGAGGUAAAGCAGUCGAAGGUGAAGGAAACUUUGUGGAGCCUACGAUAAUCGAGAUAUCAGCAGAUGCUGCUGUCGUCAAAGAAGAGCUAUUUGCUCCGGUUCUAUAUGUUCUAAAGUUUAAGUCAUUUGGAGAGGCUGUUGCGAUAAACAACUCGGUUCCUCAAGGUCUAAGCAGCUCGAUAUUCACUCGGAACCCUGAAAACAUCUUCAGGUGGAUCGGACCACUGGGAAGUGACUGUGGCAUUGUGAAUGUGAACAUACCGACGAAUGGAGCUGAGAUUGGUGGAGCUUUUGGAGGCGAGAAAGCGACUGGUGGUGGUCGUGAAGCUGGAAGCGACUCAUGGAAACAGUACAUGCGUCGAUCGACUUGUACCAUCAACUAUGGAAACGAGUUACCUCUAGCGCAAGGAAUUAACUUCGGUUAGAUUUUUCAGAGAUUUACUCGUUAAUUAAUAAUGUUAUGUUGGUUCGAUUUCGAUACUUGUAUUGUAUGCCUUGUUCUCUCCAAGCCUUUGACUUAAGAUGAUUACGCUUUUAAUAUAUAUAAAAAAAUAUUGAAUAUAUUUUGAUUGUUAAUUUGAAGAUAAAUUCGGACUAAAUGACUAAUCAUGCGUGUAACAUAAAUCGUUUCCUGAUGUUAUAAAUUUAGCAUCAGUCAUACUUUUAAAAGAUGCUGAUGCUGAGUACAUAUGUUUACAAAUAACGGUUUGCAAUAAUAAAAGUAUAUUAUUCAAUUGUCAACUUAGUAAAAAUAUUGAAAAUCCAAGUAUACGUAAGAAUAAGAUACAAGAAAAUCAUCCUUUGAAUAUUACUAAGCAUAUGAAGAAGCAUUAUUCGUUUAUGGUGAUGCAAACGUUUAUUUCGUGGAUGUCGGCUAAAUUUGUUGUCAUUUGUCAACUUUAGUUUGAGAAAAUUUUAAAUUAGUGGAACCUUGAAGCUUCUCCUAAAUUUUACGUUAUCGAUUUAAUUAGACCAUAUUAGCAACAAAGGUCCCACUAAAUCACAAUCUUAUCAUUAGUCCAUUCGGCAUUCGCACAUGCAAGAUUUAAGAAUCCACUUAUAAUAGAAUUGUACUGUUAUUCAACUAAUGAUUCUAAAUCCAGCUUUAAAAUCUAGUAUUAUUAAAACUCAUAUUUGUAAAUCAUGUU